CAUCAACGAACAAACGAUACAACGCGCGGCUAAUUCAAGUUGAUGGAUCCGUUUCGUUUUGUCAGUUAGGAGGGAUUUGAGUACAGCUAUGGAGCGUGAUAAACAAGAUGUCCAGUCGGUCACCUCGGAAAAAACACAAAGUGCAAAUGUUAUUCGAGGCACAGAUAGGAGUAACACAGUUUCGAAAUUAUUUGGCUUCGGAAAAACUGAAUAUUCUAAGGAAGAGCACUGGGCGAUUCAAGCAGCCCUAAGGCAACGUCUAGGACCAGAUUUUGUCAGUCAGAGAGCUGGUGCUGGUGGGCAGAAGUUGGCCUACAUUGAAGGAUGGCGUUUAAUCAACCUAGCCAACGAGACUUUUGGCUUUAAUGGCUGGUCACAUUCGAUCACCAAUCAGACAAUAGAUUUUGUAGACCAUGUAGGAGGGAGGUUCUACGUGGGUGUGAGUGCUAUCAUUAGAGUAGAGCUCAAGGAUGGUGUUUAUCAUGAAGACUUAGGCUAUGGUGUCAGUGAGGGAAUGAAAUCAAAGGCAUUGGCGCUGGAGAAAGCUCGUAAAGAAGCUGUUACCGAUGGACUCAAGAGGUCUCUCAAGAGCUUUGGAAAUUGCUUAGGGAACUGUCUGAAUGACAAGACAUAUCUACGAUCAAUUGGAAAAGCACCCAAAAAACAAGAAACUCUACAUGACAUUGUCACAAUGAAGAAGACAGACAUAGACAGCGAUGUACUGAAAGCUCGGUAUGAACGUCCUGUUAACCAUUCACCAUCAAAUCACCCGGCCUUUGCCCAAGGGGGUUCAGGAACCGGGCCGCAGUUUACCCCUCCUAUGCCUGUCCAGCAAUCAAGAAGCUCAAGGCCUGUUUCCACGUUAGCUGCAUCAAGUGCUUCUACCCCUGGUAGCAGUGUGAACAGGACGCCAUCAGGUGCAGGGAUCCCUAAUAGUUCAUCAGUGAUGAAUAGAAAGACUGGUAAUCAAACAGGAAGCCCCGUUAUGGGUGUAGCUGGAGGCAUGGAGACUCCACGACAUGAUGGGAGAAAGGGUAACCUGCAACAAUCAGUAGAUGCCUCUCCAAUGUGUGUACUGGCCAAUGUCAUUAUGGAUGAAAAGAAGUCUUCUCCCGAGGGUGCCACCCCUAUGAACAUAGAUGACCAACUGAAACUGAGAAAGCUGAGGCAACAACAGAAGCAACAGGAGUUCAGGGAGCAGCUCAAACGUAAACAGCAGCAGGGCCAACAAACAUCUGCAGGAACUACAAAGAAUAACCCACAGCAGGCAGACGUUCCACCAAAUCUAGAAAUGGAUGACAUGCCAUUCCCUCUUGCCACCUCAACUCCACUUGACACCUUGAUACUUGGUGGUAAGGCAUCCACAACAACUACGUGUACCAACACAACGCCCGUUACAGGAACGACCACAAGUGCAUCCAUUUCAGCUGCUGCUCAGCUUCAGCAGUUGGGUGAUGUCGAAAGUUUGUUAGCUGAAGAUGAUCCAGAAUUCUGGGCCUCCCAGUGCUUCGUUGAUGCAGGUGAAGUGGGUCCAGUGGGAACGAUAAACACCGCUGGCUCCAGUACCACUAAUCAACAACAACCCACUGGACCAGGGAGGGGGUACAGCCUGGGGGGACAGGGCCAACAGAAAGGCCAUGGUGUCUUCCAGCAUGGUGGCAGUGGUCAAGGGAAAGAAAAUGCUUCCGCUGGGCGGGUUGUUACAAGGUCGGGCAGCAGCAGGCAGUAUGACGGAGUAGAUGGUGGAGCAGCAGCAUUGAAAAGAAGGAGAAUGGAUACCAUGUAGGGAUAAGUCAGCUUAUCAAAAUAAUUAAAGAUAUGGACAGUUGAUUGAAUUAGAUUUAUUUAUGCAAAACAUUCCACCAGGAUAGGUCUUGUAUGUGCUUUCAUCCCUACCUCAUACGAGAAAGAGUUCUGAUCAGAGAAAAGGAAUAAGACUUGAGAGCUGGUCAGAGCUCAGUGAUAACAGUAUUGAUAAUUUUUUUUCCCCCCAAUCACUCUCCUAUUGUUAACAUGGGAAAUGAAAUCAACAUUGUUGUUGGUCAGACCUGGGGGGCGUUUCACAGAACUUGUCAUCAGUGACAAAUGACAAGUUUUGUUAUAAGCUACUGAAAUCCUUGCUUAUGAUUGGUUAUCAGCAGAUUUUUCACUGAUUUUUGUCAUUGAAAAAAGGCUUUGUGAAACGGGUCCCAUGAUGAUUAUGCUAAUUUACCCCUCUCUAAUUAAGAGUGAAUGUUGUGGCGUAGUGACUCAAGAAGAAGAAGAUGUACCCCUUCAUUGUCUCAUUGGUAAUUGCUUUUGCUUAGCCAGCGACUUAAAAUGGACCUCAAAGAUGAUACUUGUGAACCAAUAAUAUUUCAGAAAAACUCAUGUGGGCAGAGUCCAUCGUGCUUGAUUGACUAGAUUCCCGACAAUUUUGUCAUUCAGAUUUGACCAUUAUAAUUUGUUUAAUAUUAUAUAUGCGUAUAUAGUCAUUGUAAUUGUUACUGUCAAGGUCUGACAAGGUCCUCAUACAUAUGUGAUGUGUUUUCAAAGAUCCCUUACCACAAUCAUGUAGGUGUAAUAUAACAAUAAUAAUAAUAACAGGUAUUCAUCUGCAUGUUUUAAACUUACAUGGCAUUCUUCACUAUGAACUUAUAUGCCUGUAUGUAAGUUUGCAGAACCAGAGUAGCAUUGUAUGAAUGCCAUAUAAUGAAAGGAGAAACUGGGUAUAGAUAAAUGUUAGUUAUUCUCUCAGGUAUAAGUCCAUCCAGUUUUUUAAUUGUAAAGAGGCAAGCUGGUUCUUAUAAAUUCUAGUAAUUUAUAAUAAAAAAUCAAGAAUAGAAUGUCCCCUGCAUACAGGACUAUCCAGGCAUGAUAUUGUACUUGUACAAUAAAAGACAUUUCUUUGUCUACUUAGAAGAUUUUGCCUGGCAUGAAUAUACAAAUGUAUACUCCCAAUUUGCUAGAAUCUUAACAAAUGAAAUUGACAAAUGUGUGCAAAGUUUAUACAUUAAGGUAAGAAUUUGUUUGUUUUUUAUCACUGUGACAAAGUUCUAAUUUAUUUAUAUUACUUUAGAUGUUUGUGGUGUCAUGUGUCUGAAAGUAUCUAAGAGUUCCUGUUAUUCAGACAAGUAGCAGUUAUUUAAAAGCUUUAUCAGUUGUGUUCAAAACUUAUACCAUUAUCUUAACAUUUCUUUGACCAUGUGACAACCCCCCCCCCCCUCCAAAAACACUCUUUGAGAGCGGUUUUAGGAAUUAACAAAAUCACUUUAAUUUCUGAAUGUAAUUUUGAUUUGUGGUGAUGAAAUUGCAUUUAUAAAAGAUAAACCUACUCAAAUUGAUUAAAGAAGACAGAAUUUUUGAAUAAAAUGUAAAGAAAGAAAACCACACUCAUUGGAACCAUCUCGUCUCUCUUUGCACGUGGGGGACCAUGUGCCAGGAUCAUAAGCUCGAUUUUAUCUCCUUUUCUCACAACACAAUUAUUUCUACUAAAAUCGUUUGGCAGGUUUAAUUAUUUGUAGUUUUGAAAAUUCAGUCUAAGUUUCGUGGGAUUCCUGUUAUUACCAGAACUCAUGACUCCUUUAUACUUCUGAUUUAAUAGUCAACAGUUGAACACAACUCAUUUUAAUUUAGUCAUUUGAAUAUGCACGUCUCUGAUGUGACUAUGUAGAGUUACAUGUACUAGUGUGAUUAAUCAGGAAUAACAGAUGCAAAUGAAGUUGUUUCUUUCAAGAUUUGUAGCUAAAAUUUGAACGGCAUCUUAGUUACCGGUAUGUGUCAUUAGUUUAGAUAUUAAUGCACAUUUUCACGCUCCAGCACAAUCACAUCCUAAUUGUACAGCAAGAUCACUUAAAUAUGUAAUGAAUGUAGCAAAUUUAAUCCUAGAUUACAUUACUUUUUCAUAAGCAGUUGCAGCCAUAUGUCAAACAAUUUUACUUGUAAAAUCUGUAGGAUUUCUCUAUCUUAUCGUAGACCAUGUAUAUGAAAGUGAUGACCUCUUUAUAAACUUUUCUUGCCUGUAUGAUGAAACUUCUGAAGACACUUCAAGAGAACAAACAAUCGGCAUAUCCUCUUUAAAUGAAUUAAAAGUGGUAUGUAAUGCCAGAUUUCAACUGUGUUUUCAACUAUCAAGAACCUUUCAAUAGGCUUAAAAAUGACAUUUUGAGAGACUUGUUGUAAAUUAAGCUUUAAAAGUACUUAAUUCAUUGAUAUGUUGUGGGAGAUAUUGCAAUACCGGUAAUGUUCCUGUACAUGCUAUAUUUAACUUUGACAUGCAGUAAUAUUGUAUGUCAAUAUUAUGCUACUGACAAUUUUACAGGUUCUAUAUAUGCAUCUUUUACAUGUGAAUAAUGCUAGGAUUGGUUGUGUAAUGUGUAUAUUUUUCACUCCGUGCCUUUGUACUAUUUUUGGAUCCAUUUUUGUGAAGCCAUGCAUCAUUGAAAUUAUAUGCACAUGUUUUUUUUACUUUUA